AUGCCCAUCCCCUUGGUUUUUGAGACCAUCCCGGUCAACAGAAAUUUCUACGAAUUCAAUAUCAAAAUGGAAUCUAUUAUACGAUUGGAGGAUUUUCCAACUGUUUUAAUCCAGAAAAAAAGCCUUGUUCCUCACAUAUCACAACAGCCCGCGCACGCUGAAAAGGGGGCGCCACGGGCUGUCUAUAUUCCUCUCCCACCGCCUUCGAAAGAGCCAACGGAGAUCCUUGAUAUAGAUAAGGACACUCCGGAUAAACAUGUCCCCAGAGAUCCACGCCUUAUUCGGCUUACUGGAAUUCACCCAUUCAAUGUCGAGCCACCUUUAACCUCUCUAUAUGAUGAAGGAUUUCUUACCUCUCCCGAACUAUUUUACGUGAGAAAUCAUGGCUCUGUUCCGGAGGUUCGUCAGGCGGACAUUCCUGAUUGGCAGCUGAGCGUUGAAGGCCUGGUGCAGAACCCUCUAGUCUUGAAUUUCGCUCAAAUUUUGACAGAGUUUGAACAAAUAACGGCACCCAUUACUCUGGUAUGUGCUGGAAACAGGCGCAAGGAACAAAACCAGGUGAGAAAAUCGAAGGGCUUCUCAUGGGGGGCAGCGGGCGUAUCGACGGCUCUUUUUACGGGCCCGUUGAUGUCCUCUAUCUUGCAAAGGGCGAAGCUGCUUCCAGGUGCAAAAUAUGUGUGUAUGGAGGGCGCGGAUAAACUGCCCAACGGAUGCUACGGUACAUCUAUCAAAUUGAAUUGGGCCAUGGACCCGAACAAGCGAAUAAUGUUGGCACACAAAAUGAAUGGCGAGCCACUCCGACCAGACCACGGUCGACCAUUGCGAGCAGUUGUUCCAGGACAAAUCGGUGGACGGAGUGUUAAAUGGUUGAAAAAAUUAACUAUAACUGAUGCCCCGAGUGGCAACUGGUAUCAUAUAUACGAUAAUCGAGUCUUACCGACUAUGAUAUCUCCAAAAAUAUCCACGAAUGAGCCGAAAUGGUGGUAUGAUGAACGAUAUGCAAUAUAUGAUUUAAACGUGAACUCCGCUGUUGUGUAUCCUGAACACGACGAGAAAAUAUCAUUGUCCAACUCUUCUAUGUAUAAGGUCAGGGGCUACGCCUAUGGUGGAGUGUUCGUAGGAUUACACGAGUGUAAUAUCCCUGGAUAA